UCUAUGAGAGUGUCGAAUUUUCUACGUGAGGCUUAUUUGAUCGAUUAUUCGUUUCGUAAUAUUGAUGUUGUUACACAUAUUCUGAUAUAGGUGGGCGCACGUGGCAUUCCAGUAACUUUGAGGAAAACUAUUUUAAAUCGGAGUUGUGUCCAUCGUUUACAUGCGAAUCUGCCCUCUCAUUGGCUACAAUGUUCCCACCUGAUCGCGCCUCCCGUCUACCUUUGCGGUCAUGUAUUUCCAUUGUUAGAGCGGUCAGUCGACUAUCUUGUCAAAGUAGAUAUUUGAUUUAAUACCAGUCUUGACUCCCUCCCCCUUUAUGUGCUGCGCCAUUUCGUGCAGGGUGGAACCAUUUUCUCAUAGCUGCAAGAAGACCACCUCAGUACUGUAUUGACAGAUUUUGCUGAAAUAUAAGACAUUUUAACCUUUAAGCUCCUGGUGAGUAUUUUGAUUCAAGACUGUUUUUUAUAUUUUUUCUCUGACUACAGUAUCUUUGGAAUUUCAUUUUUUAACGCCAUGUCUUUUUCUAUUUGAGCGAGCGGCUAGAUGGCUAACUGUUAGUUAGCUCAUCAUGGUUCCAUCACAGUUUCGAAACAUACUGAUUAUAAGUCGUGGGGCGAAGUUCUGCAUUCUGAGAGGGUGCUGAUGGAAUUGUAGUUUUUGCUGAGAGCACCCAAGACACCUGCCCGUUCACACUGGCCCUGCGCUCAGUGUCAAAGAACUGACUGACUGACAGACAGACGAUCGCCCUGCACACAGACGCUAUGGAUCGGUCCCCCACCACCAGCAGCCUGAUGGCCAGCAACGUGACCAACAAGACGGACCCGCGCUCACUCAACUCGCGGGUCUUCAUCGGGAACCUCAACACGCUCCUGGUCACCAAGGCAGACGUGGAGGCAAUCUUCAGCAAGUACGGCAAGAUCGUGGGCUGUUCUGUGCACAAGGGCUUUGCCUUCGUCCAGUUCGCCAACGAGAGAUGCGCACGUACCGCCGUAGGGGCCGAGGACGGACGCAUGAUCGUGGGACAGGUGCUGGACAUUAACUUGGCUGGAGAACCCAAACCCCACAGGUCAAAGACCACAAAGCGAUUGGCGGGAGACAUGUACAGGUCUGAUUCAAUUAGUCCCACAUUUGAUCUGGACUACGACUUCCAGAGAGAUUACUAUGACAGAGUGUACUCGUACCCAUCCCGCGUGCCCCCUCCUCCUCCUCCACCCAUGUCCCGAGCAGUGAUCCCGUCCAAGCGCCCACGGGUCAGCAUGACUGGAGGGGGCAGCCGCCGCGCCAAGGCCAGUUUCUCCUCUUCCUCCAAGAGCAGCCAGAGGGCAUCCUCAAGAACAAUGAAAACAGAUGACCUGCAGACCAUCAAGAAGGAGCUGACAAUGAUUAAACACAAAGUAGACUACCUGCUGGAGAGCCUAGAGCUUAUGGAGAAGGACCACAGCAAGAAGUCAGAUGGGAAGGGUGCAAAGCCUGAGCCUGGAGAGGUGUCCUCACAGCAGCACUGCAGCAACAAGAAGGAGGAGAGCAUCAAGAGGGAGAGGGAGAGCCAGGAUCUCAAUGACUCUGAGGAGGAGGGGGAUCUGCUAGAAGAGGAGGAGGUGAAGAAUCAACAAAGAGAGGAGGAGGAGGAGGAUGAUGAUGAUGAUGAAGAGGAGGAGGAAGGAGAGCAUGUGGAUGGAGACGACGAUGGUGACAGUGUCAACGGAGAUGAGGACUCUUAGACAACACGGAGACUGAAGCACACUUGUACAGACAACACAUCCACAUGGCUUCCAGUGGCACCGCCGACUCCUAUUUUAAUACCCACACUAAUACGAAACGUGAGAACGUCAAUACACACAAACGCACACAUAGAACACCUGCCCCCACUACCACCCUUCCAUUGUCCCACAGGCCUUUUAUUUUUCAAAAUGCAAUUUAGUUUGUCCCUGUUUCAGCCCCCUCCUAUCACAGUGUAAACAUUUAGCAUUGUCUUGCAGCCAGGUACAUUGGAACUAGAUGUAGAUAGCGAGCAGUAUGACGUGAUUUUCUGUGCUGCUGUUCCUCUUUUGACCAGCAGAGAGCAGGAAUGGCUGUUUUCUAUGACCUGAGCCACAAGUCAAACCACCACAUUGGCUUUACUAGGAUUGGUAAUCAAGAGAUGACAACUUUAAAGAUUGAGUGAACAUUUAAAGACAUUUAUUUUUUAAUUCGCCCACUUGAGCUUGUAUGUUCCUUCUUUUCAUGUCAUUGUUUUUUAUACUACUCGGUCUAAGUUGUACUGUAAUAAUAAAUUGCAAUUAAAUACUCAAAUUGA